AUGUUUAACAGAGAAAAGCCUUUCUUUCCUUGUCUGUCUCUUUUAUCUUGGUCAUUUUUUUUCUUUCUUUUCGGUUUUUUUCCUUUUAUAUUUUCUUCCUUACUUCUUACCAACUACACUUUUUGCAACAUCUAUCUAUCUAUCUAUCUAUCUAUCUAUCUAUCUAUCUAUCUAUCUAUCUAUCUAUCUAUCUAUCAAACGAAAUUACUAAUAAACUCAUUCACACACUUUCGCCGCUCCUCGUUAUGUCUUUUCUCUCUUUCUCUCUUUCUCUCUCCUCGUUCUGUCUUUUUCUCUCUCUCUCCCCGAUCUCUCUUUUCUCUCUCUUUCUCCAAUUUGUCUCUCUCUCUCUCUCUCUCUCUCUCUCUCUCUCUCUCUCUCUCUCUAACUAGUGGUUGUUUUAUUUUGUUAUUUUUUCGUUUUUUUUUUCUUUUUGGUUUUUCUGUCUUCCUUUCUUAUUUUCUUUAUCCGAUUGGCUAUUUCUUUCAUUUUUACUUUUUCCUAUCAAUUUUUUCUUUUCAGUUUUUUUUCUUUUCUUUUUUCUGCGUUUCAUUUCUGCCUUUACCCUUCAACUUAUUUUCCUCCUUUUUUAUUCUUUUUCUUUAUCUUCCUCUUUUACCAUUCUUCUUCUUCUUCUUCUUCUUCUUCUUCUUCUUCUUCUUCUUCUUCUUCUUCUUCUUCUUUUUUUCUAUUUUCCCCUCUAGUUUCUUCUUUACAGCUUACGUUUUCCCCCUUUUCUUCGUCUAUUCAUUCCCCCAUGUGUUUCUUUUUCUUUCUGCUAUUCUUUCCCUCUUGUUUCUUCUUUUUUACCGCUUGUUUUUCCUCUUCUUCUUCUUCUUCUUCUUCUUCUUCUUCUUCUUCUUCUUCUUCUUCUUCUUCUUCUUCUUCUUCUUCUUCUAUUAUUUCGCUCUUGUGACUGGUCUUCUUCUUCUUUUAUUGUUUCCCUCUUGUCUUUGCUCUUCUUUUUCUUUUUCUCCUUCUAUUAUUUCCCACUUUGCUUUGGGGGAAGCGUUCGCUUCACCGUCACGAGAUAACCGCUCCCCACUAACCCCUAUCUCUCUCUCUCUCUCUCUCUCUCUCUUUCUCAUUUUUCUUUCUUUCUCUUCUUCAAGCAAUGUUUUGUCAUCUUUACCUUCCCUUCGAUUUUCCUCUCAACUCACAUAA